AUGUGCGUCACAGAAGAGCAGGAAAAGCAGAGGCCCACCCCCACCUCAGGAAGGUUCCAGGGAAGAACCUCCCCCCCCCCUUCAGGAAGGUUCCAGGGAAGAACCCCACUCCCACUCCAGCCAGGUCACAAGGGCUGGAGCUCCGAAGGGCCCAGGGCCCCUGAGCCAGGAGUAGAGGAGGAAGUCCAAGGAAAGAUGGCUGGCAAUCACCCUUACUUCAACCUGCCCGACUUCACCCAGCCAUCGCCGCCCUCCACUCCGGCCAGCCUCCCCCCGCACCAGCGCUGCCGGCCCUCCGAUGCCACCAAGGGUCUGCUCGUGGCCCUGCUGGGUGGGGGCCUGCCUGCUGGCUUUGUGGGCCCCUUCUCCCGCAUGGCUUACCAGGCCUCUCGCUUACCCUCGCUGGAGCUGCUCAUCUGUCGCUGUCUCUUUCACCUCCCCAUUGCGCUGCUACUGAAAGUGCGUGGUGACCCCCUGUUGGGACCUCCCGAUGUCCGGGGCCGGGCCUGCCUCCAUGCCCUGCUCAACGUCCUCAGCAUUGGGUGCGCCUACAGCGCGGUUCAGGUGGUGCCUGCUGGCAAUGCAGCCACGGUCCGUAAGGGCUCAUCCACCGUCUGCUCUGCCCUCCUCGCCCUCUGCCUCGAGAGCCAGGGUCUCAGCGGCUACGACUGGUGUGGUCUGUUGGGCAGCACCCUGGGACUCAUCAUCAUUGUGGGACCUGGACUAGGGACGCUGCAGGAGGGGACCACGGGCCUCUACACCGCCCUGGGCUACGUGCUUGCAUUCCUGGGCGGCCUGGCACUGUCGCUGGGGCUCCUGGUCUAUCGUUCCCUGGAUUUCCCCUCUUGCCUGCCGACAGUGGCCUUCCUGUUUGGCUUGGUGGGGCUGGUGGGCUCGGUGCCAGGCCUCUUCAUACUGCAGACCCCUGUGCUGCCCAGCGAUCCUCUGAGUUGGAGCUGUGUGGGGGCCGUGGGGAUCCUCGCCCUGGUCUCCUUUGUGUGCGUGAGCUAUGCAGUCACGAAAGCCCACCCCGCCUUGGUGUGCGCUGUCCUGCACUCCGAGGUGGUGGUGGCCUUGAUGCUGCAGUAUUACGUGCUCUAUGAGACCGUGGCGCCUUCUGACAUCAUGGGGGCAGGGGUGGUGUUGGGCAGCAUCGCCAUCAUCACCGCCCAGAACCUCAGCUGUGAGAGGGAGGGGCAGGUGGAGGAGUGAGAUCCAACCGGAGAGCCUGGGGGUUGGGGGGGCAGGGGGAAAUAGAAGGAGGAGAGACUGGAAUACAAACAUGGGAGAAGCAGCGACCAGAAAAGAGCUGAUACCGGAGAGGGACACCCCUUGGAGUCAAGGGUGGAGAGGGGCUCUGCCUCUGGAACAAGCGUGGGGACCAAAACAUGUGAUGUCUAGGCUGGGGCUUGGGGAUCAGGGCAUAACUACAGGGCAAGUGAGGUCGGAGGAGCCAACGGAGGGGCUGAGAGGCAGGCCCGCCAUGAGCCAUGGGGAGGAUUUUUCCCUCAGCAGCAGAGAGAAGAGCGAGCAUUAGGGCUGGAGUGUUUGGGGGUGUUUUCAGGCAAAGGGACAGAGCAAGCAGCUGGGGUCAGGGAGUGUGCCUCCCCAGCCCCCACGAGACACGGUUUCCUUCCCUCAUGGUUAUGCCUCCUCCCCCCGGGGGGUGACGUGACACUGACAUCAAACAAGGAUCACUCUGAAUGUGGCUGUGCAGUUGGUGUCAUCUCUGCUUUGGAAGGAGAGUGAAAGUCCUACUCCGCUCUCAUUGGAGAAUCCCUUGGGAUCCCUGCCCCCCCCCCGCCCCCGCCAAUCUGGUUUCUGAAAUAUUCUGGAAGGGGAUAGGAUUUCCUAACGUUCAGACGCCUUGACCCUGAAUCCCCCAGGACUUCUGUGUCCCGCCCCGUGGCUAAUCUGCUUUUCCUGAAUUGUCGCGGUCCCAUGAUCUCUCCCGGACAGUGGCCAGCCUCCUUCCAGAGAAGGCCCCCUGAGCGGCUCGGGCCGGGGGCUCCCGGGCCAGAGUUCCGUAUUGCACUCCUUGGGAGGCCAGGAGGUACCCACCCGUCCCAGGAGGCCGCUCGACAAAUACCAGCUACUUCCGGACAAGCGAUUGGCCUCGCCAUCUUGAUCGGUUCAUGCAUAUUCAGCGUGGCUACUGCAUAUUCAUGAGCAAGGACGGCCCCCGGCGCUCCACACCCUCCCCCUCCCGGAACCCUCUUGGAAGGAUCCGACCGGCCCCGCCUCCUUCAUUACCGAUUCGCAGAACAGACCAUUUUCCAGCGGAGGGAAGGGGGGUAAAUAUUCAUGGGAGACUUUUGCUGAGGACGAAAGCACAGUCCAACCUAGAAUAAAAGCGGCCUGUAUUCCACCUCGGUUCUUUAAACUUAAAUCUCAGGGCGGGAGGGAGCAGAGCGGGCAGGCGGCGGGGUAAAACACGUUCCCCUCGCCCGCGUCCCUUCUAAAGGUCACCCAACCAGGGAGCCGGGGAGGGCCGACCAACGACUCGGGCGCGCGCUCCGUGCAGGCCGGCGCAGUCGACCCCGUAGCGCAAGGGAGGGCGGGAAAGGAAGGGGCGGGGAUGUAGGGGCGAGUCUAUAAAGGGCGUCAUUCGGCCAGUUCGCUCCUCAGAAGCGCCGAGAGCGCGGCCGGGACGGUUGGAGAAGAAGGCGGCUCCCGGAAGGGGGAGAGACAAACUGCCGUAACCUCUGCCGUUCAGGAGCCCGGUUACUUAUUUAUUCGUUACCCUUUUUCUCCUUCCUCCCCCCCGAAACCUUUUCCUUCCCCCCCUUUCUUUUUUUUCCUUUUUGGGAGACGAAAAAUCUCCGGAAAGGGGGAGGAGAGCUCCUUUCGCUCCUUUUUCACUUCCCCGCCUCCUUCCCUCCCCCACCUCUCCCUCCUCCGGCUUUUUCCUCCCAACUCGGGGAGGUCCUUCCCGGCGGCCGCCCCGACGGGGUCUGAGCACCUAGGCGGAGGCGGCGCAGGGUUUUUGUAGAGAGGUUUGCGCCUGCGCAGCGCGCCGGCCUCCGCGAUGCACGGGGGUGGCCCCCCCUCCGGGGACAGCGCAUGCCCGCUGCGCACCAUCAAGCGAGUGCAAUUCGGAGUCCUCAGUCCGGAUGAACUGAUGCGACAGAUACUGAGGUCGUGAAGCCAGAGGAGACGCAGGAGGACCCUGCCUUCCACUGGCAGUGUCCGUGGGAGGGGGCGGCCAACCGUCAACAUACAAAUAAAGGAGCAAACCAGA